CACUGAUGCAUGAAGUCCCAGAGCACCAAGGCAGCAGCACAGACAGUUCGGCAAGCAGUUUGGGAAGCUCUGUCACAGCAUGUAAGAAGAUUCUCUGCAGUAACAGUCUGCUAGAAUCAACAGACUACUGGCUGCAGAAUCAGAGGACACCAUGCCAAAUUGGCUUUCUGGAAGACAAGUCAGAAAGCAACUGUGCCUCAGUUUGUUUUGUGAAUUUAGAUGCAAACAGAGAUGAUUGCAGCGAUGAGCAAGUGAAACAGAGAUUAAUCAGCGUCUCUCCAAAUCUCCCCAAACUCAUCAGUUCGAUGAACGUACAGCCACCAAAGGAAAAUGAAAUAGUCCUGCUGAGUGGAUUAGCAUCAGGAAACCUUCAGGCCGAUUAUGAAGUUCCCCAGUGUCCUUGGCUGGCAGAUGUCUGCUUGGUUCAGUGUGCGAGGGGGGACAGGAAAAAUAGCGCAAGCUGCAUCAUUUUUGAAAUAAACAAGUUUCUGAUUGGACUUGAGCUCGUUCAGGAGAGACAGCUGCAGACAGAAGCUCAUGUCUUAAAGCCCGAGGAUGACACAAACUGCUCGGUGUCCUCAAUAGAAGAAGAUUUCCUCACAGCGUCUGAGCACCUCGAGGACGACAACGAGGCUGAUGAAUAUAAAACUGGUCAUGAAAAAGUAAGUGCUUCAGAAGCAUCUUCAGAUGUCAAAAAAAAUAAAGGAAAGGGAUUUGAAAACCUCCACUACAGAAAAGCCAGGUUACCGUUCAUUCUUGAAGGGAACUGCAUUAGUAAAGAUAAUGCAGCUACUAGAGUCUCUGAAGCUGUGAAUAUUGUGGCUGAAGAUGGCAUCUUACAACCUGAAGAUAAGUCAGACCAGGAAAUACUGUGGCAGAAGGAAUUAGCUGGCAGAGCUACUUCAUCCUUUAGUACCACUAAUUUGACUAGUGAGGUUGAAAAUUCCUGCUCAGCGCACGUGUUAGAAGAUGUAUCUUUAGCCAAAAUGGCUAAAGAGGAGCUGGGGCCUCUGUAUGACCCAACAGCGAAACACAACGGUAAGACAGACGGAGAGGAUUCUGCAGGUAUCAGGAAAACCGAUCCUCCCUCGCAAAACGAGCAGGCAACUACAGGUCAGUAUGCCACAAAUUUAGCAGAAUCUGUUCUGCAAGAUGCGUUCAUUAGACUGUCACAGUCUCAACCCACUUUUAGUGAGGAGGCUGCAGUCAGCAUCUCCGUAGGAAGCUCCUGUAAGUCAGAAGACGCAUCUGCUUCCCGAUCGUGGAAUGAACUUCCAAAGAUCGUCAUAGUGCAAAGUCCAGACAGUUCUGAGAAUGUAUCUGACUGGCCAGGGUCUGCCUUCCCCAACCUGUGCCACUGGACUGAAUCAGAAAGUUCUGCUGAAGUUUUGGAUUACUUUGAGGAAGAACAUUCAAACGGACACGGCCAGAGCGCGCUGGAAGUGGCUCUGGCUUGUGCAGCCACUGUUAUUGGAACCAUUUCCAGUCCCCAGGCUGCAGAAAAAUUCAGACGGGAUCAAGAAGCCACAGACUCUAAAAGCGGAGUGGUUGAUAAUGAAGAGCUGCACACAGCAUCUUCACAGCUGCUUGAUGACUGUGCUGGCACAGAAUAUUCAUUUCCAUCUGCGCUGUGUGGCAUGACUCAAGUAGCAAGCGCUGUAGCCGUCUGUGGUCUGGGGGAAACGAAGGAAGAGACGUACCCUGCAACUUCGAGUGGACUUCUGUCUGCUGCUCAGACUUCUGCAGCCAUUACUCUUCAUUGUAGCAUAGCUAUAGGAAGCAGCAUGGAGAAGCUAAAUGAGAGCAUUGCAGAGGCACUUCUCAAAGAGGCAUCAGUAAUUUUGACAAAACCCAACACAUACAAAAAUGUAGGGCAUUUUAUGGAAUCCAUAAAUGGAAAAAUCAUUGAAACAGCAGCAAGGCCACGGAUUCCACACACUGAUGAAGUAAUCAGGGAUGAACUUGCGCAAAACUUAUCCAAUAUUAUUCUACGACAUUCUAUUGAAGAGGUUAGGAAGAAGAGACAGCUACACCCCCGUUCAGAAAACGGCUCAAGUACACAAGACAUUUUCAUGGAGACUGCAAACGAGUUGCUUUUUAACGUAAUAUAUUUCACUUGCAAGAAGAUGAAUGACAUAAGACAAGUUGAAGAGUGUUCUCCUCUCUUUUCGGAAGGCACAAAAGCAGAGAAAGUAACAAGAGCAGAAGGAUGGCCAACACAGGCAACGGCACGUGAAACUUCACACAGCCCCCUUGAUCACUCUGCUGUUAAGCCGUUUGGUACAUCCUACGGCCCUAGUGCUAGCAGAGAUCUUGGAAAUGUCACAAACACUACGAAAAGUAAUAUGAAAGAUGUAAAUAGCAAGGAAAGUGCCACGCUGAAUUCAGAACCAACAAGUAGAGCUGCAGGGCAUAACGCACUUGUCGCAAAAACGUCUCCCAAGAAAAGAUACCUGAAAAGAACCGCACGAGACUGUUACAAAUCCCCAAAUAACAACCAUCAGAAGAAGAAAGAUUACAGAUCAUUUUCGGACAGGGAAAAUACCUUUGCAAACAAUGAAUGCAGGCACGGUGUUCAAGAACAGCUGUCUUCCAGUGCCACCAUGAAUGCAGAAAAACAGGCCAAGCAUAAGUGUGAUGCUGUGCUAAAUAAUGAUGUUCAGGUUAGCUUGUCGUUAUUAGGAAAUCGUGUCUUGCUUCCUUCUCAGCCUGUGGUACAGGUGAAACAUUCAAGGGACAAAUAUUGUAUAACAGAUUUUGCAGAAGAAUUGGCAGAAACAGUUGUCUCUAUGGCAACAGAAAUAGCUGCCAUUUGUCUUGAAAAUUCAAAUGGAAAGCAACCCUGGUUCUGUGCAUGGAAGAGAGGCAAUGAAUAUCUGGUGACCCAGAGUUUAUCAUGCAGAACCAUGAAAAGGAAAAAGGAAACCCACGCUAACGGUUCAGUUGUUCGGAAGCACAGGGCACCUAGACUUAGUGAGAUCAAAAGAAAAACAGAUGAGCAUCCUGAGCUAAAGGAAAGGUUGAUGAAUCGGGUAGUAGAUGAAUCUAUAAACCUUGAGGACACACCAGAUUCAGUCAAUAUCUUUGCAAAUGAAGUGGCUGCCAAGAUCAUGAACCUCACCGAACUCUCCAUGGUUGAUAGCAUCUGGCAAGGUCCAAACCACCCCAGGAACAGGCUGCACUGUGACAGAUGGAGCCGAGCCAAGGCCUCGAGCUGUGAGAGCAUACCGGAGGAGGACUCGGAUUCCAAAGCCUCUUUCAAUACCCUAGGCCUAAUGAACACCUUUGGUCAGCCUGUGAGCCAGACAAGUUCUGUCUCAAAGCAGUCUAGUUGUGAAAGCAUUACAGAUGAAUUUUCGAGAUUUAUGGUGAACCAGAUGGAAAAUGAAGGAAGAGGGUUUGAUUUAUUACUGGAUUACUAUGCAGGAAAAAAUGCAAACAACAUCUUAACUUCUGCUUUGCAACAGGUAGCCAAGAAAAAUGGUCAUCUUAAUGUAAGACCAAGUUGCCCAUCCAAACAGUCCAGCACAGAAAGCAUAACAGAAGAAUUUUAUAGGUAUAUGCUAAGAGAAAUAGAAAAGGAAAAUAAAGAUAACAUGUCUUCCCCUCGGAACUCAACAGACUGGUGCGGCAGUUUGCUACCACCCUCUCUACGAUCACCUUUUUGCUUUAGGCAGUCGUCAGUGCCUGACAGCAGAUCAUCAGGCUCUAGGCUAACAGUUAACGUCCCGGUUAAGGCCAAUUCAUUAGAUGGAUUUGCUCACCAUCACCAAGAUUCCUUAAGUGUACAGCCGGUCAGUACCGUGGCUUCUUCAGGUCUUUGCAAGUCUGACUCAUGCCUGUACCAAAGAUGCAAGACUGACCAGAUAACAGAUAUGUUGAUUCACGAGACGUGGGCAAGUUCUAUUGAAUCUUUAAUGCGCAAGAACAAAAUCAUAGCAGAUGAGGCAGAGGCUGCAGAGGCAGACCAGUUUCACAGUGAUUCCCCACCACAUGUGGAACAAUAUGCAAACAGACUGGCUGCAAAUAUUGUUGAAAGCGGUAAAAAUUUAAUUGUUGUCCAGCAGGAUUCUUUUGAUUAUACAAGCCGAGAACACAUGCUGGAAAGCAAACAUCCCCAAAGCGCAACUCAGAUUCAGUCAAAACCCAAAAGGGAUGGAGUAAAUUUGGACGAGAAAAAAGAGCAUAUGAAGAGCCCUGGAUGCCUCCCUGCAGGUCAGCACAGGGAAGUGCCUUUAAUUCAGAUAGAAACCGAUCAACGAGAUGAGCCAGAUAAAGGCUCAGAGUCCUUAACUUCAUGUGGCCCUUCUGGAAAGGAGCAUCAAAGCAAAGAAAAGCCUCCAGAAGCUUUUGACGGGAAACACACGGUUUCCAGUUCCCUACUAAACAGCUUGGCUGACUGUAAUGAGCAGCACUGCCUGAAGAUUGGCGGCACCAGUUCGUUUGCCUAUAUGACAAUAUCAAUGUGUCUUCCUUAUCACCCUACCAGCAACAGUCCCGAGAGCAGACCGGAUGCCGAAAUCCUAGGAGAGACAAAAACAGCUGAAGAAUUUCCAAACCACCUCAGCAGCAGUGAAGAAAGCACUGGCAGCUGGUCCCAGCUGGCUAACGAUGAGGACAAUCCUGAUGACACAAGCAGCUACUUACAGCUCAGCGAGCGAUCCCUGAGUGAAUUAGUAGAAGAAAAGGUUUUCCUUAAAGAACAGACAGAAAAUACAGAGGAAAGUACUUCUGGGCUUUCAGUGGGAACAGCCAAUUGUCAAAAGGACCUACUGGUGAUAAACUUUGAUCUGGAACCAGAGUGCCCCGAUGCGGAGCUGCGAGCCACCCUGCAGUGGAUAGCCGCUUCUGAACUUGGAAUUCCAACCAUCUAUUUUAAGAAAUCUCAGGAAAACAGAAUUGAAAAGUUUUUAGAUGUUGUGCAAUUAGUUCAACGGAAGUCCUGGAAAGUGGGGGAUAUCUUCCAUGCCGUGGUGCAGUACUGCAAGCUCAGCGAGGAAGGCAGAGAGAUGACGCCAAGCCUGUUCGACUGGCUUCUCGAAUUGGGUUAGGAAAGUUCGCCUCUGCAGCGUUUCUGUUUUAUUCCAGUUUAAAUAAGCAGUGGUUUGUGUAACGCUCCGAUUUCUGAGCAUCACUGAAUAAAGUGAGCAAAGAUAUACAAACUCUACAGAAACAGCACGCGCCCCUUCCACAACCGAACAAGGAGCAAAGUGAAACCAAGGUGUAUUCUAUCUUUCCGUGUCGCGAGGGACUCUUGACGUAUUGUGCUACAGGAGGUGCUGUACUGGGAGGGGAUGGAUUUUUAGCCUUCUGAAUUAAUGGACUACACGGUAAAGGCUUAAUUAAGUAUCCAAUACGUUCCAUUUUCAUCAGUUUGAUUAAAUCAAUCAGCUAAAAUGGGAUAGUACCCUAACUUUCCAUUUUAAAACACCAAUACCCCUGCUAAGGGGUAGAAACUUUGGAACACUUAGGAACUUUGCAGUUAGACAACACAAUAAAAAGCUGCUGAAAACACAUUUUACUUUCUUUCCACGCGAUUAUUUCUCUUCCGUGGCUGUUCCCCAUCCCUGUCUUCUUCUCAAGGAAAUAAAAUCUAGACUCUCAGUUAUCGCCCUUAAGAAAACUCAUUCCUUUCCACCCGGAGGCAGUGCAGUUCAGCAUCGCUACACCUGGUAUAUCCCCGGACACAGCUCUGUGAGCCAGGGCAGCAGGUUUCUAAGCCCCGUCCCACCACAGACCUGCCGCCUGGCCUCGGGCGAGUCAUUUCACCUCUGUGCCUCAGGGUCCCUACCCGCGAAGGGGGAGUCGUGAUAGUACAUUUGUUACCUACCGUGCUCCUGUUUGAAGCACGAUGUAACAUGCUACGUAUCAGUUAAAAGCGGUGAAAAAAAAAAAUACUAUUUUAAUUUUAGUUUAAUCAAAUAAAUUGUUAAUAAGGUGAAGAAACGCAUAUCUGAAGAGAGUACCAUCUCAUCAUUAAAAUCUUAAAUGUUAAUUUUUGUAACCUACAAGAACGCAAAAUGAUUAUUAAAAUUUCAGCAGACAUACUUAUUCAUUUUGGAUACGAGUGUUUGGACUACAUGUGGUCGUUCACAUUACUAUGACGUUUCUAUAACUGUUUGAUAAGAUAUACCAUGGUAUCGCCUUGUUGAGAUGAUCUGUUCGUGUCAUGCACUUAAUGAUACGUUCUCUCGACUCUGCCAAAGAGAUUGGUUUUGAAUUUAAAAGGUAAAUUCAACUUAUCACAGCUCUUCUGCGAUUUUUUUCUUUGAAAGUAGUUAUCUUCCAUCUCUCCCUACCCAAAUUGCGUAAUAGAAAACCUGCCUGCUUUUCCCAAUAAAAUAUUUGAGAUGUUUUAUUUUCCAUAUAACAGUAUAUGCUUCUGUAAUAUUUCUUGGGAAAAAAAAACAAACUAUCCUUUUGCACUAAAUAUUUUUGAAAAUUUUGAAGUAGUUUUAAAUAACUUACGAAAAAGAGCCAUAUUCUCAAUUUUAUCUUUAAAACCAUUCCUAAACUUGCAUGAUUGCCUCGCUCAUUUGUUACGAAAUACAAAUUGUUAGCGAAUCAAAACCUAACGUGGAACAUUAAACGAGAUGAGUAAUCCUACAUCUACUCUGCAGCAGACACAAAACAGCGAAGGUCGCUUUACUGUCAAGAUAAAGGUCAAUUGAUUGCGUGCGCUGGGCGUAACCGUGCAGUCACUGAGCCUGCUCCUAGGAGCUGCUGAACACCCGUAACUCCCACCAACGUGAGCGGCAACUCCGAACGCUCAGCAUUUCUGAGGCUGGAAGUUAGUAAGUACCACCAAGUAUUAUAGACUUAAAGCGCUUUGUUCGAGUUAAUAAAUGGGAAAGUGUAUUUAUUUUUAAACCAAAUACAGUUAGUUGUCAGUAUACAAUUUUUUGCUGUGAUAGAAUAAAUGUUUACUUAUCCUACAAAGCACAAAUAUCAUGACAGAGUUGUAACAGUGUGAUGCAGUUUCUCUGUACAGUAGUUCUUCAUGUUGCAAUUUAUUCGGAAAUAAAUUUGUGUUAC